AUGGCUCCUCCACAGCCUCUGUCCGUCGCGGUACAACCCCAAGGGGUGUGGGACGUGGAUGCCAUCUCGAGGGAUGCAUCAGAAGGGGAGCCCCUUCUUGAAGAGGACAGUGUAGAGGUGGAGUUAGUCUCUCAUCACUCGGAGCAAGAGUCUGAGUUGGAGGUGUUGGACACAAAUAACCCCCUAUGUCCCAUAUUCAGCACAACACCAAAAAAUGCCUUCAUCUCAGUUUACUGGCAGCCCACACUGGACCCCAACACAGCAUAUACAGUGCUCUGUCUGUCUGAAGGGAACAGAAAGGUGACACGGGUGGGUGAGACCCAGCCAUAUCCUGAUCACCCAGAGAGAUUUGACACCUAUACCCAAGUGCUUUGCAAAGAGGGUUUGUCUGGGACUCGCUAUUACUGGGAGAUUGAGUGGAGUGGGGAUGGGGCUGAUAUAGGUGUCACAUAUAAAGGAAUCAGCAGGAAAGGAGAAGGUUGUUCCUGUAUCCUUGGAUCCAAUGACAAGUCCUGGAGUUUGGACAGCUCUGGUUCUAGAUACUCUGCCUGGCACAAUGACAUUGGAACUGAAAUAACUGCCCCCCACUCCUCCAAAAUAGGAGUGUAUCUUGACUUUAAUGCUGGUACUCUGUCAUUUUAUAGAGUCUCUGACACAAUGACCCUCCUGCACAGAUUCCAAACCACAUUCACUGAGCCGCUAUAUCCUGGGUUUUAUGUUUGUCUAAAUUCCACUGUAACAAUCUGCUAA